AUGUUUUAAUCGUCAACUGUUUUAAUUUAAUCGUUGCGCCAAAAAAGAGGAUGGACCCUACACACAAAUCAAGAGUGAUGGAUUCCAUCAGUCUAUCUUAUCCGUUGUAGAACAAACCAACUCCCUCCCGCUAGACACAAACCCGCCACCUCUCCUGGCCAGCCGGAGUGAGAAACAAAUGGCGUACUCGCCGUCUUUAUCCUCUCACACUGCCUUCCAAGCCAACCCCAGAUUCUCCCCUCUCUCUCCUAAACCCACCCACAAACUCAACACAUCAUCUUUCCGACCCCUGACUGCCAUUCCCCCUCUCUCCGUUUCUGGCUCGGUGACAGACCUUCCGGCAGUUGACGGAACCACCGUUGCCGUUAUUGGAGGUGGGUCUGUUGCUACACUCACUGCUGUCCUCUCCCUCGCCGAACCCGAGCGGCGGCGCCGGUUGCAGGCGGAAGAAGUGGGCGGUGGGGACAAGGAAGCAACCGAUGACGUGAAUAAGGUGCAGCUUGAUAUUAGGCUUGGGCACUCGAAGACGGUGGAGAAUGUGAUGAAAAUGUUGACCGAUGAGGGGUCAGUGAAGGGGGUGACUGUGUGUGAUGCUGGAUGUGGGACUGGGUGCCUCGCAAUUCCGCUGGCGAAGGAGGGGGCAAUUGUGUCCGCCAGCGAUAUUUCGGCUGCCAUGAUGGCUGAGGCCGAAAAGCAGGCCAAAGAGCAGUUAUCAGUAGGAAAUGGUGAUGCAGAGCCUGUGAUGCCAAAAUAUGAAGUGAGGGAUUUAGAGAGUUUAGAUGGGAGAUAUGACACUGUGGUUUGUCUAGAUGUUCUUAUACAUUACCCUCAAAGUAAAGUUGAUGGCAUGAUUGCACACCUUGCUUCAUUAGCUGAAAAGAGAUUAAUUUUGGGCUUUGCACGGAAGACAUUAUAUUAUGAUCUUCUUAAGAGGGUAGGAGAGUUGUUCCCAGGGCCAUCAAAGGCAAUGAGAGCUUAUCUUCAUGCAGAAGCAGAUGUAGAGAGGGCACUGAAUAAGGUUGGGUGGAAAAUAAGAAAGAGAGGUUUAAUCACUACGCAGUUCUACUUCACUAAGCUUGUUGAAGCUGUUCCAGCUUAGAGGAAGAGGUUAGAUUUUAACUUUGUUUUCUUUCACGUGUUCUGUUGCCAGAAAUGUUAGCAAAUCUCUCAAGUUUCUUUGUAAAGCCAUUAUUUUUCCACUAAAAUUGCCUUGAUACCUAUACUGUAUUUUAGAUGUCUCAUCUGUGUAGCUAACUUCAAAUGCCACUUAAUUAACAUUUUGUUGGUUG